ACACAGAGUGCUCCGAGCUUUGUGUCAAAAUAUUGACACAGGCUGAGUGCGCUGGGACCGAGAUUAAGCGGGCGUGGACAGCGAGGAAGGACGUUCCUCCUCCUCUUCCUCCUCCUCCUCCUCCUCCCUCUGGAAUGGGAAUUUUCUGCUGGAAACAGGGUGGUGGUGGCAGGAGGGGACAGGCUCUGCUGGUCCCUGCUGCUCCUCACUGUCCCCUUUGCUCCCUGCAGGAUCUGCCCAGGCCAAGGCAGAUCCAUCAGGAUGCCAUGGAGGAGAAAGGGAAACUCGGGGGGAUUUCCGAGCUUCUGAAGAUUCCAAGCAUCAUUCCAUGCCCAAAAACUUGGAUGGAAGCGGCCAGCAGGUCUGCAGGCACCUGAAACACGGCUGCUCCUGCCCAGUCCCAGAACAACAGCAGCAGGAAUUUCCAUUCGCUGGAAAGGGUGUGUGUGGUUUUUUGCCUUUGUUUUCUGGAAAGCUCGAGAGAAAAAGCCUUUACCUGGGUGAUAAGGACAGCAUUUCGCUUUUUAUCAGACGUGCCGUGUUUGGUCUCGGUAUGGGAGGCGCUGAGCUGGGUGAGGAGGGAAAUCAGGGUGGAUGUGGUGACCAAAGUGAGGGUGGGAGCAGGGAGCGAGGGCAGGAGGAAGGAGCCGGGCACGGAUCUGCCCAUUGCCAGCCUGUCCUGGCCCCGGAGCUGCCACCGAGCCACCGCCACCGCCAGGGACAUGUGGGGGCUGGUCCUGACCCUGCUGUGCCUCCCACUCGGGGAGGGAACGCUCAGGAUCACCCUGAGGAAGGGCAGGUCCGUGCGGGAGGUGAUGAGAGAGAAGGGGCUGCCCGAGGGGUUCCUGAGUGACCUGCGAGGGGACCCGGGGAGGAAAUACCAGCUCGGAGGGGCCGUGGCUUAUGAACCUCUGCUGAACCACCUGGAUACCUUCUACUUCGGGGAGAUCGGCAUCGGGACCCCUCCCCAAAAUUUCCUGGUGAUCUUCGACACCGGCUCUGCCAACCUGUGGGUGCCCUCCACCUACUGCCAGAGCCCAGCCUGUGAGGAUCAUGCCAGCUUCAACCACAGCCUGUCCUCCACCUUCCUGGGCACCGGCGCCAGCUACACCCUGAGCUACGGCUUUGGGGACCUGUCCGUGGUGUUGGGAUGUGACACUGUGACAAUCCAGAACAUCACCCUCAGCAACCAGGAAUUCGGCCUGAGCCUGGAUGAGCCCAGCAGACCCUUCUACUACCUGGAUUUCGAUGGGAUUUUGGGCCUGGCUUACCCAGGCGUUGCCAUCCCUGGUUUCCCCACGUUGCUGCAGAAUUUGCUGCGGCAGGAGCAGCUCAGCAAACCCAUCUUCAGCUUCUACUUCUCCCGCAACCCAACAUACAAUUACGGUGGGGAAGUCAUCCUGGGAGGGGUUGACCCCCAGCUCUUCUCCGGGGAGGUUUUAUGGGCUCCAGUGAUCCAGGAAUUGUACUGGAAGAUCAACAUCGAGGGGUUUUCUGUGGGGAUGGAGGUCACUGGCUGGUGCAGCCGAGGUUGUCACGGGAUUGUGGACACGGGGACCUUCCUGCUCACUGUCCCAGGUCCCCUCCUGCCAGCCCUGCUGCAGGCUCUGGGCGCCCAGGAGAGCGACUACGGGUUCCUCGUUGACUGCAGCACCAUCCCAGAAAUGCCCACCCUCUACUUUGCCAUCGCUGGAGCCUGGAUCCCGCUGCCUCCCGCUGUUUAUGUCCUGCAGGAUGAUGGGAUUUGCACCGUGGGGGUGGAGAGCACCUACGUGUCCUCUACCAGUGGCCAGCCCCUCUGGAUCCUCGGGAAUCUCUUCCUCAGGCAGUAUUAUUCCAUCUUCGACGUGGCCAACAACAGGGUGGGCUUUGCCACGGCAUCCUAGGGAUGCUGAGCACCAUCCACGGGGGAUUUUAUCCCUGGAAAAACCUUCUCCACCCUCAGAUCCGGGUGUGGUGAUGAGCAGUGAAUAAAGGACUGUGAAUCCAACCCGUGCUCGAGGUUGUCAGGCGCUCCCUGAGUUUCUGGAUUGAGGCAAUGACAAAUUUGGGGUCUUUUGAAAAUUAUUUUUCGUGGCACCCAGAUCCCUGCUGGAGCUGGCUGGGAGACUGGGAUGAGUGGGAGAAUUUCAGGCUGAGCCCUUGCUGGAGGCUUCAGGAACCAGUUUGGAGCAGGAGCAGCUGUGUGUGAACAGCUCCAGGUUCCUUGGUUUGGUUUUUUCUGUUUCCAACGGGGACUUGCCCACGUGUAUUUGCAAAUAAAUGAGGGAUUAAAUCAGGAAUUAAAGCAAAGAUGCUCAGGUUGAGGAAAACACCCUGGGUUUGUUCUCCAGGGAUAAAACUCAAGGCUGCAGCCUCCAAAGAGGGAGAGGAGGAGGGAUUUGAGGUGUGGGUGGCCCCGAGAGGAGCAGGGUCAGAUGGAUUGGGAUGGUGACCUUGAGGUCCAGUGUGGGUGAUGCUCAGGAGAUCCCAUUGCCUGUGGUACGUGACCACCUCAAAAAUCCGCUGUUUCCAGCCAAAUCUGCCAGCAGGACGGCCCUGGCCACUGAAACCCCAUCCUGUGGCCACAGGCAGGGAGGUGACAGGGUCACCUGGGGACUCGAGGUGCCGUGGAGUGCCC